AUGCCUCGUCCAUCCGCAAAUUUCAAACGUCUCAUCGUCCUCUGCGAUGGGACAUGGCAGAAUAUCCUCUCUGCCGAAAAGCACACGCAUCCCACUAACGUGGCUCGAUUCUCGAGAGCUAUCAGUCCAGUUGCCAUUAUCAAGGAUGCGGACGGAAAAGAAAAGGAAAGUGAACAGAUCGUCUUCUAUCAGCCUGGUGUUGGGACAGGGAUUGGGGACAAACUUCGCGGUGGUACGGUUGCCUUUAUCUUCUACCCCUAG